AUGGCGUCCACAAGCACGGCUCAUCACAAAGUUACGAGGGAAAAUUGGUUGGAAGCGCAUCCAAAAUUCAAAGAAAUACAAUCAUAUGGAUUUUAUAACGAAAAGAUGCCGCUAGCAAGAGCUGCUAUCGGUGUGUACCUGGACUUAUGUGAAAGCAAGCACUGGUUUAAGGUUUGCAUUCAUCCUUGCGAAUCUUUGAAGUUAGUGUACAUAACUGGAAAGCGGACCAAGAAAUCCCAGUUUGAUGUUGUAGUUCCGCUUACGAUAGAUACAACAUUAACAACAGAGGAAAUUCAUGAUAUUAUUCAGGAAGUUAAUCUGUGCGAAGAAGAAACUGAGGAAGGGGCAGAUGCAUGUCGUAGUCGCGUGAGCUCCAAAGUAACAAUGGCUUUCUAUGAGGCUGAUUCCACCAUUGUCUAUUACGACUUUUCUCAAGGACUUGUUCCACCGGAUCCACCAACUGAAGAAGAGGAAGUGAAACCGAAACGUAAAAGAACAAGACCGAAGAAAGGCAAGAAAACAUCUUCAUGA